AUGGCGACAGCAGCCAUGUUGCAGUUGGGCAUUUUAAUCAUAACGCUUUCUUUGUUCUUCAUCAUGCACACUAUUCGUAGCCAAACAACCCAAACCAGAACUCGAACCCGCAGCAAGAACCGCCCACCUGAACCGAACCGCCACUUAACCCAAGCAUCGCGCCACCUGGCUCGGGCCAGAUCCACCUCGCACCGAGCCCAACACGCCAAGAGCGCUCUCAUGGAAAUCGAUAAAGCCCUCUCCAUCUGGCCCAGAGACCCGUGGGCCCACAUCCUCCGAGGACAAGCCCUCGAACUCAUGGGCCACCGCGCCGCCGCCAUCAAGUCUCUCGAUGCCGCCCUAUCCUCGCCGGCAGCCAAGUCCCUCUCCGCCGAGGAGCGAGCUAACGCGCUGAUGAGGAGGGCGGAGAUGAAAGUGGGCGUGAACCGGCGGCGGCGGGUUGAGUCGGCGAUUGAGGAUUUGGUGGAGGCCGUGGAAGUGGAUGGAAGGAAAGGGAGUGAGUGGGAGGUGAUGUGCUUGCUCGGAAAGUGUUACGAAUGGAAGGGAAUGAAAGAAGAGGCUAAGGAUGCGUUCCAGAAGGUUCUUCAGGUUCAUCCUCAUUCGGAGGAGGCUCGUGAUGGUUUACGUCGAUUAGGACUUUUUACGGAUAAAUGA